AUGACUGAUAAACUUCCACCUCCUUUGUUAGCACUUUUUCAACCGAGACCACCUUUACGAUAUCUUCCUCCUUGUGAUGUUGCACCAUCUUUGCGAAAAACACCAAGGAUUUCAGGAGUUGCACGUUAUGUUCACAUGCUUGCGGAUUAUGAUAAGGAUUAUAACCCUACAGAAUCAUGGUUGGAGCGGCGAGAACGAAAACGGGAAGAAAAAAGAAGAGCUCAAGAAGAAGUGAUACGAAAAGGUCUUGCAAUGUAUCAUCCUCGCCAGGAUCCAAAUAUUAAAGGGGAUCCGUAUAAAACAUUAUUUGUAUCACGAUUGAGUUAUAAAGUGACGGAACAAGAUUUGAUGAGAGAAUUUGGACGUUAUGGUGGAAUUGAAAGGAUUCGUGUGGUAACGAGUAUUAAAAAUAAUAAGCCAAUGGGUUAUGCUUUUAUUGUAUUUGAAAGGGAAAGAGAUAUGAAAGCUGCGUAUAGAGAAAUGGAUGGUGUACGUAUUAAAGAUCGUAGAGUAGUUGUCGAUGUGGAAAGAGGUCGAACAGUGAAUGGAUGGAAGCCUAGACGUUUAGGUGGAGGGUUGGGUGGGAGAGGUUAUACAAAGGAAAUAUUAAUUCGUCCUUUGGGAUAUGGUGAUCGUAUAGGAAGAGAUAAGUAUCGAGGAGGUGGAUCUCGUGGAUCAAGUUAUAAAGAGCGUUCCGGAGGGUUUCAUGGAAAUCCUAAAUUAUCUUUAAACGAAUGGAAAGGAUUUAAUGAUAAACUAAAGGGAUCAAAGGCAGGAAUUGGUUACAAAGGCUCUGAUAAAGAUUCAUUUAAAAGUGGAUAUCAGGAAUCAUCUUCAAUUGAGCAAAAUGGAUCUCAUUUUCCAGAUGUUCCUCCAGGAACACCUACAGGUCCUUCUGGACGCACUUCAAAUACUUCCCGUUAUAGGGGUUCUGAAAAUCAUGAUCUUAGACAUAUAAAUAAUAUGAAUUAUUCUAGUGGACAUGAUUACAAAGAAAGUGACAGGUAUAAAUCAGAUCAUGAUUAUAGACAUGAAUAUAACGGCCGUGAUGAUAGAAGAAGAGACCAUGAUAAUCAGAGUCGUGAAAAAGAAAGAGAUCGAUCUUCUAAAAGAAGAAAAUAUUAA